AUAUAUAUAUAAAACGAUAAUAUCUUCUUACCAAAAUACAACCCAAAGAAAUGGACUCGUCGCUUAAUAUCAUCCACGUAACACGAGUCACUCCUUCAAACUCUGACUCGUCCGAGUCACUCACUCUCCCACUCACUUUCUUCGACCUUCUCUGGUUCAAACUCCAUGCCGUCGAACGAGUCAUCUUCUAUCGACUCGCAGAAGCAACUCGCCCUUUCUUCGACUCAGUCAUCGUCCCCAACCUCAAGACCUCUCUUUCCUCAGCCCUCUCUCACUACCUCCCACUCGCCGGCAAACUUGUUUGGGAACCGCUUGAUCCCAAACCUAGCAUCGUAUACUCUCCAAACGACGCCGUUUCGUUCACCGUCGCCGAGUCAAACGCAGACUUAACCCGUUUAACCGGGAUAGAACCAUUCUCCUCCACCGAGUUACACCCGUUCGUCCCUAAGUUACAAAACUCCCACGACUCUGCCUCCGUCGUGUCGUUUCAAGUCACGCUGUUUCCAAACCAAGGGUUUUGCAUCGGCGUAGCAGCACACCAUGCCGUUUUAGAUGGGAAAACGGCAACCAUUUUUCUCAAAUCUUGGGCGCACAUAUGCAAAAAUCAAGAUUCUUCUCUACCGCAGGAUCUGGUUCCGUUUUACGAUCGAACGGUCGUAAAAAGUCCACCAAAUGGCGAUAUACAAAUUUUGAACUCAUGGCAGUCUUUAGACAAAAAAUUCAACGGUGGUAAAGAACCAGAAAACCCCAAGAGUUUAAAGCUUCCACCGUCUCCGGUGAUUAGUCCCGAGGCAGUCCGAUACACUCUUGAGCUCACUCCCGAAGAUAUCCAAACGCUUCGGGAGAGGCUCAAGAGAGAGUCCUCCUCUUCCGCCACGUCAAAGGAGCUUCGUUUGUCAAAGUUUGUGAUUAUAUAUUCAUAUGCUUUAACUUGUUUAAUCAGAGCUCGAGGCGGAGAUCCAAAUAGACCUAUCGGGUUUGUAUUUGUUGCGGAUGCUCGAAAAAUACCCACUCCCCCGAUCCCAUCUAGUUAUUUUGGAAACUGUACCACCGUUAGGGCUAGAGUGCGAGUAACCGCAGGUACAUUUAUGGGUGAAGAAGGGUUCUUGGCUUCUACAAGAAUAGUGAGCGAGAUGGUUGAGGAAUUGGACGAGAGUGUGGUGUGGAAGACCCCAGAUUUUGGAAAGAUGACUAGUCUUCCACCAGGGAUGCAGUUUGUUUCUGUUGCCGGGUCAACCCGGUUUGGAGUAUACGGGUUGGAUUUCGGAUGGGGCAGACCGGAGAAAGUGAUGGUUGUGUCGAUUGAUCAAGGCGAAGCGGUUUCCUUGGCCGAGAGUAGAGAUGGAAAUGGCGGUGUGGAGGUUGGCUUCUCGCUCAAGAAACAUGAAAUGGAUGGUCUCAUUGAUUUGCUCGAUAACGGACUAAAAGUUUAAUUAAACACUUGUUUAAUUUUCUCUUGAAAAAUAAAAUUGUAACGUCCUACGUUCACUAAAAGCUUUAGUGCCUAGUAGCUUUCAAGAUCACGGGUUCGAAUCUAAAUGUUGGCUACUAGUCAUUUUCUUGUUCUUGUAUAGUCUCUCUCUCUCUCCCCUAGCAGAAAGUAACGUUCCUGAUCUCAU